AUGUCCGAGCUGGCGAAAGGAUGCGAGCAUUUUCUCGAGUACCGACAGAACCACGGACUCCAGUCCUUCAAAAUCAUCUACAAGUACUUGGUCAAGCCCGGCCAGGAGGCUAGGAAGUUGAAGGCCAAGACCUGUGUGUGUCAUGUCUGCCACUGCUUCACCCCACGACUGCACACUUGCCUGAUGUGCGUCUACUUUGGUUGCAUGAAUCCGGACAACCACAUGCGAGUACACGUCAAAUCAGCAGGACACCCUCUUGCCGUGGAUCUGAACUACGGAACUGUGUUUUGCUUCAAAUGUCGCGACUACACGUACGAUGGUAGUCUCGACGAGAUAUGUAGGGAAACCGACCAGCAACUGGCUCACAAGAAAUACCACAUCAGCCGACAGCCAGUGGCCUACGUGGCCUGGGAACCCACCAAGUCAGAAAUGGAACUACUCAAACAGAACCCAAAGAGGAGGAGAGUGGAGCCCAACUCAACCGUGGGCUUGAGAGGACUCUACAACCUAGGAAACACUUGUUUCAUGAACUGCAUUGUCCAGGCUCUGGCCCACACCCCAAUUCUCAGGGACUAUUUCCUCUCUGACCGCCAUCGCUGCUUCCUCGACACCAUGCAGCAGAGAUGUGUAGUGUGUGAAAUGGGGAACAUCUUUCAGGAGUUCUAUUCAGGGGUCUCUUGCCCAUACAUCCCGUUCAAGUUGCUCCAUCUGGUCUGGACCCACGCCCGCCACUUGGCUGGCUACGAGCAGCAGGACGCGCACGAGUUCUUCAUCGCGGUCCUCGACGUCCUCCACCACCACUCUGGUGGGCAGACUCCGACGGUGACCCAACCUGGCCACUGCAGCUGCAUCGUGGACCAGACAUACAACGGACGACUUCAGUCUGACGUGCAGUGUCAGACCUGCAAGAGUGUGUCCACCACAGUCGAUCCUUUCAGAGACAUCUCUCUGGACCUAGCUCCCAGUAUGGUCACCAAUAGGACCAGCACUCCUGUUGAGACCAACGACAUUCAGAGUGACCGGACGUCUCCAGCAUCGUCCACCAACUCUGGGGAGACUCUUCUCUCUGCUGUUCCAGCCACCCUCUACGAGUGCCUAGACAGGUUUACUCGUCCGGAGAGCCUUGGCAGUGAGAGCAAAAUCAAGUGCAACAAGUGUCGUAGCUAUCAGGAAUCGACAAAGAAACUCUCAGUCAAGAAACUACCAAUAGUCACUUGCUUUCACCUAAAGAGGUUUGAGCACUCCUUGAGGUCUAGGAAGAUUGCCAAGUACAUACAGUUUGACCUGGAGAUCGACCUCACCAGCUACAUGGCCAGAAUCUCCGAAAGCUCAGACAAUCGCUACUCUCUGUUUGCCGUGGUCAAUCACAGUGGCUCCCUAUUCAACGGCCAUUACACCUGCUUUAUAAGGCAGCAGCAGGAUCAGUGGUACAAGUGUGAUGAUGCGUGGAUAACAAAGGCAACAACAGAAGAAGUUCUCUCAAGUGAAGGAUACCUCUUGUUUUAUCACAAGAAGGUUUUGGAAUACAGCUGACGACGUUGUGCCAUGAACAUACGGUCUUCGUUUUUAAUCUCACCUGAUUAAUGUUAAUUUAUUAGUGUGGAUACAGCACCCUA